AUGUCCUCUUCAAUCCCCAACGACGUUUACCAAUUCUCCACCAUCUCCGCCAUUCAUGCCGGCUUCAAUACCGGCCAGCCCUGUACCUCGGACCUCACCACCCACGGCACCCAUGGCAUCGGCAUCUACGAAGACGGCACCCUCCUCCUCCUCAAAGACAGCCGCGCCUUCAGCAUCACCAAGACAGGGCUCGCGAAAUCAGCACAGCCGGAUGCCCGUCUCCCUUGGGCCAUGGUGACAGUCUACGAGCCGAGCUUCAAAGUCACAGUGUUCAGCCUGACGAUCGAUACUUUCGAUGCGCUAGUCAGUGGUGAUGACCUUGGCCCCGUCAAGGGCGUGAAUACCCUUAUGCCUUUUUUGAUCGCGGGCCACUUCUCUUCGCUCGAGUUUCGCGAUGGGCCCCGAAGGAAUGCGAUCGAUGGCACCUUGUUUGGCUUUGUAGUGCCGAUGUGGAUGAAGGGAAUUUGUGGGCCGAGAAUCCAUGCCUAUUUUCUGGAUGCUGGAGAGGAGGUAGGGGGGAGGGUUGAGGACUUUAGGAUGGAGGGGGGAGGCGUUUUGGGGUUUGCAAAGUGUGGCCGGUUUCAUCUUGGCUUUCCGCAGGGGGAAGAAUGGGAGGCGUUGAAGAUGUGA